GUCCUUACCCGCUACUCACUUCUUCUGGUACUCCUCGGCGAUGGCCUUGAGCUCCUUGACGCCCUGGGACAUGUCGUCGUAGGCGAAGAGGCCCGAGCCCGCGAUGAAGCAGUUCGCGCCGGCGGCCGCGCACGCGCCGAUCGUCUCCGGCGUGGCCUUGAUGCCGCCGUCGACCUGUGUGGAAAUCAACCAGUGCGUCGGGUGCUAUCGGCGAUGACGCGGCCGUCCUGGCUCGGUCGAGCAGCGGUGAGGAACCGAUAUCGCCACGCCAUCGAGCAAGCGUCGCGUCGAUGGCGUGGAGGUCGACGCGACGAUUCAGCACGAAGGCGCCGUGAACUUUUGAUUUUCACACAGCCGUCGACCUCGAUGUCCACGUCCAAGCCGCGGUCGACGAUCCAUUUGCGGAUCUUCUCGAUCUUGUCCGUCAUCGUCGGGAUGUAGGCUUGGCCGCCGAAGCCGGGGUUCACGGUCAUGACGAGCACGUGGUCGACCAAGUCAAGGACGUUCUCGACGGCCUCGGCGGGCGUCGACGGGUUCAGCGCCACGGACGGCGAGCCGCCCAUGGCCCGGAUGUUCGACAAGCUGCGGUGGAUGUGCGUGCACGCCUCGACGUGGACGAUCACCACACCCGGCUCGCCGUUGGGACCCUUCGUCGCCUCCGUGAACUGGGGCAGCAUCGCGUCCGUGCACCGCUCCGAGACCAUGAGCUGCGUCUCGAACAUGAGCUUGGUGGUCUUGCGCUGCGCCGCGAUGACGUCCGGGCCGAAGGUCAGGUUGGGCACGAAGUUGCCGUCCAUGACGUCAAAUUGAAUCCGGUCGCACCCUGCUUUUUCCAGGGCCGUACAAUCCAAACCGAGCGCGGCGAAGUCCGCCGGCAGCACGGACGGGAUGAUCUGCACCGGGCGCGGCGCGCCGUAGAGCGCGGCCGCCGGCGCCGCGGCGCCCGCGAGCAAGGCGAGCUUCAGCUUCAUACUACGACCUGCGGUCGCGGACGCGCGGUGAGUGAUCAAUGCAUUUGCUUGUUUUCAAAUUGUGGGAGCGAGCGCGACGACGACGCGUAACAGUAUGCUUGCCUCAAGCAAGCCGUUUGCGCUCGCCACGACGCGAUUUGCAGCGGUGCUUGGGUGCCAGCUCGCCAUUGAUGCAAUUUUCAUGCUCGCGAGUAAACUAUUUGCGCAUGCGAUUGAUGAAGAUGUUAAAGAGGUCCGUUUAGGCGCUGCCGGGUGCGGUUUUGAGUUGUGUUGCGACGUCGCGUCUGGUGCUAAAGGCACGAGCUCCUCGUCACUGCUAUCAAGAUUGUGGC